UGAGAUCUGCCGGGCAGCAGGCAUAUUCCUACCCCUAAACCGUACUCUUUGCGUCAUCCUUCUGAUCGGUGUAUCAUCCGCCGUUAAUAUUGGACUCAGUUCAUUCACAAUUCCGGCAAUCUAUUUCGUGGUCAUAUUAUUUCCCACGGAUAUUUUCUCUUCAACUUCCUAUUCCCAAACUCGGUUAAAACUGAAGCUUCAUCUAUACGAUCCGUCGUUACUCUCACUAAUUUUAAGCGAUUAUGGAUUUAGACGGCGGCGGCAACAGGCGCGUCUACAACCGGCCCGGAACAGACUCCUCCAAAAACCAAAAAGUCUGUUUCCAUUGGCGGGCCGGUAAGUGCACCCGUUUACCUUGCCCUUUCUUGCACAGCGAAUCGUCCCAUCCUUCGGGCUCCGCCGCCACCGAUAACGGAUCGGGUGCCCCCAAACGGUACUCCGAUGAUUACGGAUUCUCGGGUCAGCCCCCCAGACGAGGCUCGAACUUCCAAAAUAACCAUCAUCAUAAUAGUUGGGGGAGAAUGGGAGCUAAUAAGGUGGUUAGAAAAACGGAGAAAGUAUGUAAUUAUUGGGUGCGAGGUAACUGUAGUUACGGAGAUAAGUGUAAGUUUUUACAUUCAUGGAGUUUUGGGGAAGGUUUUAGUAUGUUGAAUCACCUCGAUGGGCACCAGAAACUUGUUAGUGGAAUUGUGUUGCCAGUAGGUAUGGAUAAGCUUUUCACGGUAAGUAAAGAUGAGACUUUGAGGGCUUGGGAUACUAACUCUGGUCAGUGUACGGGUGUGAUUAAUCUUGGUGGUGAAGUUGGUUGCAUGAUCAGUGAAGGUCCUUGGCUGUUUGUUGGCUUACCAAAUGCUGUCAAAGUAUGGAACACCCAAACUAACCAAGACCUUACUCUUAGUGGACCUGCUGGGCAAGUUCAUGCUAUGGUUGUCUUUAAUGAUUUGCUCUUCGCUGGCACACAGGAUGGUAUAUUGGUAUGGAAAUUUAAUGCUGUCACAAACGCCUUUGAACCAGUGGCAUCACUUAAGGGUCAUACCCGUCCUGUUGUAUCGUUAAUCGUUGGAGCUAAUAGACUCUACUCGGGCUCCAUGGACCAUUCUAUAAAGGUCUGGAGUCUUGAAACUUUGCAGUGUAUACAGACUCUGACAGAGCAUAAUGAUGUUGUAAUGUCCUUGCUUUGCUGGGAUCAGUUUCUUUUGUCUUGUUCAUUGGACAAAACCAUAAAGGUGUGGGUAGCUACUGAGAAUGGGAACCUGGAAGUAACGUACACUCACAACGAAGAAAAUGGUGUGCUUAAUCUUCGUGGAAUGCCCGACUUGGAAUCAAAGCCUGUCUUGCUGUGCGCAUGCAACUGCAAUUACGUUCGGCUCUUUGAUCUGCCCUCGUUUUCCGAGAGGGGUAAAAUUUUUGCUAAUCAGGAGAUUAAAGCCAUUGAAGUAGGUCCUGGUGGCCUGUUUUUCACCGGCGAUGGAACUGGUUUUAAAGUGUGGAAAUGGGCAGAACCAGUUGCCACAUCCUGAUGCCUUGCACCAUUUUAUAACAUAUUCAUCAGACUGUAUUUAUGGCGGUACUAUUUCAUUUUGCUCAUCCUUCCGGGGAGGUUUUCGAGCUUGCGGGAGCAAUCACGGUUUGGAGAAAAUAAUUCUUCGUUCCUGGUGGAAUGCUUACUAGCACUGAGCAUCUUAUUGUGUGCCAUAAAGUUCAUAGAAAUAACACAGAAAAUGUGCAGCAGCCUGAUCACCGACGAAUACGAUUCGUCGAGAAUGAUUAGUAGUCAUGUGCCAAAUUGAGUGGGGAGUUUUACAGGAGUUUGGGAUGGAAAAUUGAGUUAGCAGAUUUUGAGUUCUGUAUUUGAGACAUUUUAUGUUAUUUAAAACUCUUUAAGAGCAUGAAUUAACUGAGAAAAUUGUUAUCAGCAAAUAAAUAAAUAGGCAGAUGC